CGAGGGAGGGAUGGAGGGAUGGAGGGAGGGCUGUUGAGCAGCGCUCACAAGCACAGCUGCCUUCAGCCGGAGCAAAGCCGUCCUCGUCCUGCUCUGUCUGCUCUGCCAGCCUCCUUAAGUCCUGCUACGAUCCCUCUGUCACAAUGAGAGAAAGGUGACCUGUAAGCACCCGGUGUCCGGCGUCCCGUCCCAGGACAACUGUAUCUUUGUGGUAAAUGAACACAUGACUUGUGGGAAGCUUGUCCACCCUGACGAGCCCACAGAGGCUUUGAGCAGGCCAGCUCCUAAGGCUUCGUCAGAGCAGGAGAGCAGCAGCGACAAGAAGGAACGUCCCAUGAGCACCAUGAGCGAGGCGUCAAACUACACGGGUGGCUCCGACUACAGCACCUUCCCCGGCAUCCCGGCCACCACCGUCACUACCGCCACCACCACCUCCACUUCACUGACACGGCCGUCUAGGUCUUCCAAAAAAAUUCACAACUUUGGAAAGAGGUCAAACUCCAUCAAGAGGAACCCCAACGCCCCGGUGGUCAGGAGCAACUGGCUUUACAAACAGGACAGCACAGGCAUGAAGUUGUGGAAGAAGAGGUGGUUCGUUCUGUGCGACAUGUGCCUCUUCUACUAUCGUGAUGAGAAAGAGGACAACAUCCUGGGAAGUAUCCUGCUGCCGAGCUUUCACAUCUCCAUGUUGUCGGUGGACGACCACAUCAGCAGGAAAUACGCCUUCAAGGCCACUCACCCCAACAUGCGUACGUAUUAUUUCUGCACUGACGCAGCCAAAGACAUGGAGUCGUGGAUGAAAGUCAUGACGGACGCUGCCCUCGUCCACUCUGAACCAGUCAGAAGACUGGACAAGUUGAAAGUGGAUCAGCGGACUCCACAGGAGUUGAACAACUUACUGAACCACAGAGUCUUAACCCGGCCCGAGAUCCAGAACAACGAACGCAACCGUGAGCCCGUGCGCCAACACUCUCUAUCUCGAGCCGACGACAAACGGCAAAAAGACCUAGAGAAACACAACGGCCAGAGGGAGCGUGAGUACUACACCUUACAGAGAGACGGGGAGAGGUACUCCCUGAAGAAAGACGGCGUGAGCUACAUGCUUCAGACGGAUGGAGAGAAGUAUCUCCUCCACAAGGAUGGAGAGAAGUACAUGCUGCGAAAAGACGGCGAGAAAUCCUUGCUGCAGAGAGACGGAGAGGUGUACGCAAUUCACAGGGAUCUGGAGAAGUAUGCUCUCCAGAACGUGGACGAAAAGUGCACUGUGACGCAGACAGAGGAGAAAUAUACUCUCUCUAAAGAUGGAGAGAAGUACCUGCUCAAGAAGGAUGGAGAAAAAUAUGCUCUGCAGAAAGUAGGAGACAGGCACACACUUCAUAAAUAUGUUCCCCAGAAGGAGGUGAAGAGACAGCUGUCCUUAAGGGAGACAGAGAGGUACGGCAUCAUGAGGGAGAUGGAGAAUAAAUAUGGUACCAUACAAGUUGUGGACAAAUACGGCACUCUGAAGGAAGUGAGGAAAUACAGUACGCUCCGAGAAGGGGAUAAAUACGCUACUCUCAGAGAUGCAGGGAAGUAUGCUACGGUCCGUGGCGGGGACAGAUAUGGCUUCCAGAGAGACCCAAGUGCAGAAAGGUCUCUGACUAAAAUCAGCAGCAUCAAGCUGCAGCCGGCUCAGGCCGCCGCUAUCGCAGCAGCGGUGUCUGCAUCUCGCCAGGGCCAGGCCAACCUCAAUGUCCAAAAUCCUGUGCAGGUCAAUGGCUCGGGGUCCAAGGCAGGGGACCAGACUGGAGACUGCAGCCCGGCAGAAGUAGACAGCAGCCAGGCCAUGGGUCAAGGAAAGUCCCCUGCACCGGUCCAGGAGCCAGAGAGAGGCCUGUCCAGGACCAACUCCAUGCAGCAGCUGGAACACUGGGUCCGCACACACAGGACAAGAGGACUGGAUGAUGACUCAAGGAGUGUUACGUCCUACCAGACCUUACCCAGGAACAUGCCCAGCCACCGUGCUCAGAUUGUGCCCCGCUACCCAGAGGGCUAUCGCACGCUGCCCCGCAACAGCAUGAUGAGGCCCGACAGCAUCUGCAGCGUGGCGGGCUCUGUGUACGACCGGGCCCUCCGUCCCGCCUCCACCACCACCGUCAGCACAGCGGAGAAGAGAAGGUCGAUGAGGGAUGACACCAUGUGGCAGCUGUAUGAGUGGCAGCAGAGGCAGGCCUUCUCCAGGCAGAGUAUGGCUCUGCCAACAGGUGUUGGGCUUCCAGCUGUGGGUCAUUACGGCACCCUGCCCAGCACAAAGACCAUGGGUAACAUCUCCGAACAUGCCGUGGCGCACUCCAUCCCCACCUCGCCGUCUCAUGGCUCCCUGGCUCUCUACAGCACCUUCUCCCCUCCUCGCCAGCAGGUCACUCACAACGCCAACAGCCCCCAAUCUGAGGUGUCCUCACCCGUCUUCAGGGGGGACGUGACGCAGAACCACUGGCACAGGACACACCUCGCCAAGUACGGCCACCCAGCUGACCGACGAUCCAUCGCAGCCGGCGUCCCUCCUCCGUCCAUCACCCCGCAGUCCCUGCAAGGCAAGACGCCCGAGGAGCUGACCCUGCUCCUGAUCAAGCUCCGCCGGCAGCAGGCGGAGCUCAACAGCCUGCGGGAACACACAGUAGCUCAGCUAAUGGCCCUGGGUGUGGAGGGGCCCAACGCUAAGACUGAUGUUCUUUCUCAUCAUCUCCAGAGGAACCUUAUUUACCUGGACAGCCAGACGAAGGAGAAUGAGCCUCUAAUCUUCAUGAUUCACACUAUGAUCGAGAACUCGGCACCAAGGCCGCAACUCUAUCAGCAAAUCAGUCCAGACGACUCCAAAGACGGCUCCUUCAUCCAGCGCACAGAGGAGGCUGACAUCGAUACCAAGCUGAGCAGACUGUGUGAGCAGGACCAAGCUGUGAGGAUGCAGGAGGAGAAACUGCAGCAGCUUCACAGAGAGAAGCACACUCUUGAGACGGCGCUGCUGUCGGCCAGUCAGGAGCUGAGUGAACAGAACGCUUCUGAUGCUGCAGCCACUCAGAGUCUGGUCCAGCAGAGAGACGUCCUGCAGAACGGACUCCUCAGCACCUGCAGAGAGCUGACCAGAGUCAACGCUGAGUUGGAGCGUUCCUGGAGGGAUUACGACAGGUUGGGGGCAGAUGUGAGUCUGGCCAAGUCCAACCUGCUGGAGCAGCUGGAGGCCCUGGGCAGCCCACAGACAGAGCCUCCCAGCCAGCAGCACAUCCAGAUCCAGAAGGAGCUCUGGAGGAUCCAGGAUGUGAUGGAGGCUCUGGCCAAAAACAAACCCCAGCGGAGCGCAGACAGCGCAGGUUUACCUGGUUCCAAACCGCUCUCCAGUCUACAGAAAAAUGAGGCAGUGACGCUGCUGCCACUCAGUCCUCUCAAGGAGGGUGACAGCGUGCCCCCCCGCCCGCCCCUCCCCCACUACUACGACUCAUCAGAGCGCCCCCCUCACGUGCCCCCCCACCACUCACACCCCGCUGGCCGCCUGCCCCCCCACACGCACCGCCCCGAGGAUCGCAAGGCCGGCUCCAGGAACGGAGGUCACAGCCAAGCGCCAGACUACCGGCUGUAUAAGAGCGAGCCUGAGCUGACCACGGUGAAGGAGGAAGGAGACGAGGCCAACAGUGAGGACAAGGACAAGACAGAGACCUCUGCUGAGAGUAAAGACACUGCAGCUUUAAAAGUGCCCCUCUACCCGGUGGGCAUCAUUCCUCCCAGGACCAAAUCUCCCAUGAAUCCCCCCGAGUCCUCCACCAUCGCCUCUUACGUCACCCUGAGGAAGACCAAGAAGCCUGAAUCCAGAUCAGAGCGUCCCAGGAGUGCCGUGGACCAGACGGGAUUCGGGGAGCGAGAGGUCGGCAGAAUGAGGAUGAGUGUGGAGGAGCAGCUUGAGAGGAUGAGGAGAAACCAGCAGGCCUCGUCGCUCCGAGAGAAGAAGAGAGAAACCCCAUCCCGCUCGCCUUCCUUCAGCAAAGACAACCCUUUAAUUAUCCAGCAGACCCGGGUGCAGACAGAGGGGGUCUGUGCAGACCCUGUGGAGCUGGAAGCAGCUCUGCAGCAGCUGAAGGUAGCUCACAUGGAAAAGGACAGGACGGCUGCUGGGACUCACACAGAACGUGGACCACAGGAGAUACAUAGACUGGAGGAGGUGAAGAAUGACAAGCGUGAGGACGUGCAGCGGGACGAGGACGUGACCCUGCAGAGUGUGAAGGAGCUGCAGGUUGAGGCCAACAGCAUAAACAAUGAGCUGUGUGAACGCCAGAGGGUGGUGAUUCUGGACCUGGGAACAGAGCCUCAGCAUGUGGAGAUCGUAAACCUUCAGCCUUUUGAGGAUGACGAAAGCAGAGAGCAAGAUCUGACCAGCUCGCCAACAAACACCACCACUGAAAACAGCUUCCAGACUCCUGAGCCUGAGACGCCGAGCCCAGAGCCGAGGGAGGAGGAACCAGAUGUGAUGCAACAAACCACCAGAGAGGAGAAGCUGGUGAAGAGAUUGGAUUCUUCCAACCAGCUAACAGCAGAUGACAAGAAACCCAACAACAACAACAACAAUGUGUUGGCUUCGCAGACAUUCACCUUGGUGAGCAGUGACACAUGAGCGACGCCGGCCUCCACGAGCACACUGGCGUCCCGUAAAGCCCAAAUGUAGCCUGCCUGCACAGAGCAUGCUCCACGGCUUCCUGCAUUUACAACAGGACUAUUUUGAUACUACUGUUACAUGCCCACAAGGAGACUGAGACUGAGAGGAUGACUGCCCUGCAACUGGAACUGACUGACAACACACAGACGGGCCGCCAUCACCUCCAGACAGAUAGAAAGGCACAUGUACUGUAUCUUUAACACCUGUUGGAUCUGUCCCGGAGCAAAACAGCAAUCUCUGGAGUCAGAUUUGUCUCAAAACAUUUCUGCAUAAAAAUAAGAUUGUGAAAUGGUGAAGUCAUAAAAAAGUUACACACUAUGUCUGUUUUAGCUGAAAUAUACCUGCCCACCCCAGAAAUGUUCCUUGGAGUCUGGAUUCCCGAUGAGUCUCCAGCUGUGAAUUAACAGGCAGCCCUAUUAGGUCCAUCGUUGAAAAGAAAGUGGUAGACCAAGGAAUAUGGGACUAACUCAAGUCUCAACUGAUUUUUGAAAAAUACAGGAAUUUCCUAAAGAAAACAAUAUAGAUAUAUAUAAACUGAUGCUAAAACAAUCCCUCUCAAUCAUCUCUUCUGACCCUCUAGCAGUGUAUCUACAGAGACGCUGCAGACCUCUGCCUGGAUCUCCUCUUACUUCUUAUUUAGCCGUGUUCGGGAUGUUUCUUGGUUUUAUUUCUCUGAUUCACUGCUUUGUUCUCACUAACGCCGCUCCCUCUCUUCAUUCACUCUAUAGCUCGCUCCGACAUCGCUGCUCUCUCUCUCUGUCUCUCUCUCUAGUUUGAGAAGGGGGGGUUGUUGUACAGGGCUUGUUCUGUGUCUGUUUCAGCCACUUUUAUAUAUGUUUUAGAAAGGCUGAACUUCUUUUGAAAAAGAAGAUUGUUUUUACAGUUUUUACUAUUUGUUAUCCUCUAUAGUCUGAAAUGUUAAUGGAGGGUGGCUGCCCUGUACGACAACAGUCUGAUGUGUUGACCACAGGAGCAGUUAGAAUGGACCAUGUCUACACAGGCUGUGUAUUAAGCAGCAUGUUAGCAGAGUAGCACCUUCAGUCCUCCUUAUUGCACCCAACCACAGUAUUGAGUGUCGCUCAUCAACGUUUUGGCAGCACUUAGAGUCCAACCCACAAUCAUUAUAGUUACAUGCAUAAAACUGAAGAAAACAGACUUGAAGUGUAGAAAUAUGCUUCAGGUCACAGCUACAUGUGUGUAGUGUGAGUAAAGCAGCUGUUACGCAGCCUGGGUAGACCGCUAGAUUGAUUCAAACAGCAGUGUGUCUUUUCCAACAGAUGAGCGUGGGAUGGACGACGUCUGAAUGCGUCUGUGUAGACAUGCCUUUUAAAGCCCCUGCAAGCCAGGUCCAGACUGAAAUCAUGAUGCCAAAAGAGGAUAUGUUUGUGUGCAUACAUUUCUCAUAAAAUCCACAUGGCUGCAUGUAAUCAGGAACAAGAUUAUUAUCAAUUAUUAUUAUCUAUUUUUGAAUUUGGUUCCCUCCAAAAAUUCUUGCAAAUGGUUUUGCGUGCAUUUUCAGUCUCGAUACAAUUAUUUGUGCAAAUGGAGAUAACACUUUCAAAAAGUCUCUCCUUAAAGUCAUUCAUGGUGUUGCACUCGGUUGUACACACGGAAAGUGACUCAAGUGGUUGUGUUAAGAAUGAAAGAAGGGAACUUAUAGAUAGAUAGAUAGACAGAUAGAUAGAUAGAUAGAUAGAUAGAUAGAUAGAUAGAUAAAUAGAGAACCUUUACAGCCUGAGACCACUGUUGGAAAGUGACUCAAGUGUUUGUGUUAAGAAUGAAAGAAGAGAACUUAUAGACAGAUAGAUAGAUAGAUAGAUAGAUAGAUAGAUAGAUAGAGAACCUUCACAGCCUGAGACCACUGUUGGAAAGUGACGUUUCCGACGCGGCAAAUUCUGUUUUAGAGAAGAACAUGAAUCAUUACAGCAUAUUUGAUGAUUUGUCUGUGAGGUAGCCAGCUACUCCAAAUACUCGCCAUAAUAUAAACCAUUUAUUUAUGCCACUUAUCCAGUCAGGCUGAAUUACAAGUAAUACAAACGAACACUGAACAGUCAAUCCUGUUCUUUUGGUUGUCAGUCCACAUAGACGGUAGCUAGGUGACAGUUUUAUGUUUCUCUUUCUUUCUAUUUUGUGUUGCUGUUGUUAAUUGGUCAUACUUUUAUGGCUAUAUAUAAAGUAUACUGUAUAUAUAGCCAUUUCACAAUCUUGACUGUAUGCACGACUUGUUUUGGGGGUAAUAGCUCCGUAGAUGUGUUGCCAACUGUACACACGCAUCAAUACGCAGAACCUUUGAUACCUUACUAAGUAUUAAAGUCAUCUUAGCGUUAUAAUUCUUAGAAUAUUCUCCUGAUCUGGAGGAGGUUCCUGUUACUGAGUUGUUGGAGGUGAGUGUACAGCUGCAUACAGGAGCUCUUGAUGGGCUAAGCACUAACACGUGCAGUGCUUUACUUUAACCCCAAGGUGACCGCCGAUGCUCUUGGAUUUUAACCUGCUUUGAUUUUGAUUCUUUGUGUUCAUUUGAGUCCAGAGGCUCCCUGGUUGUUACUCUAUUUUCAUUUUGCACCUGCAAAAUAACAGAUUGUCAUUCAUUUGAUAUACAUAUAUAAAUAUAUAAAAAGUAUAUAUAUGAACAUAAAGCAUAUUUUUAUUUCAACAAGGUGCCACUUCAUGCUGCUGAUUCUUUUGGACACAACUAAGUAUUUUGCAGAAGUUCUGAUUAUUUCUGUUGAGAAGACAGUCUGAAUUUCCUGAAGUCUGUGGACAACACACACAGUAUGUGAAUGUUUGCUCUCUUUUUGUUUUUCUCUUUGGUUUACAUCACUUAGAAGAUAUAAAGAGGCUGAGGACACGACACAGAUUAGAUAUUUAGCAUUUGAAUUUGUCCUGUGGUGAAGAAUUGGAGAAUAGCACAUGUACGAAGCAAUAAGUAGGACUUUGGAGCUCCAGGACAUAAAGAAAUUUAAAAGAGAUGUAUAAACUGUAAAAACAUAAAAUAAAUCAAGAUAGCAUAAUUUAUGUACACACUGAAAAGAAGAGCGAAUAUUAUAACUAUAAGAGGUUAUUAUUAAUAUUAUUAGGGUCAAUAUGCAAAAUGUUCAUAGCCCAUCUGUUUUAUAUCAUGUGAAAUAAAUGUUGAUGUUCUUAAAA